GGCAAGGUCGCAUGCAUGCAUACUUCAAGUUUUUUUUGUAGCGUUUGUUUUGCUUUUAUCUCGUUAUUGGUUGUCUGGAUUGGUCUUUGCUGGAUGCGUGUUUUUGUACAGUAGGACAUGGAUGUGUGUGUUAAUGUGUAUCAUACGCGGGAUGCUAUCGAUGUAUGUAACAAAUGUUCAGCACAGGUUUUGGUUCAGUUGGACUUUUUUUGUAAUAAAUAUGUAUAUUGUUCGGCGUCUGGGGUAGGCGCCCUCCAGCUGAAUCGGAUAGUGUCAGAUUCUAUUUGCUCAUUUGUGAUGAUCCAGGAAAGCUGUCUUGGCUUGCCGGAUGGUGGAACGGAUCGUUUGGUUUUUGAAUCUGAAGGCUGCGAGUUCGACCUUCGCGGUGGGCUAGUGUUCUUUUUUACGUUCACAAUCAGUUUUUGUUGCAUGUUCGGCCACGUACAAAGCCUCCAUAGAAUGUGUAUCCAUCCGUAAGACAAUCAUCUUUGCUCUCUCUAUCCAAUCGCGAAAAUAAAUCAAG